UACUCAACUUCCAAAUAUAUACUACUUCCUCACUUUCUGUUCAGUCAAAAUUAUCACAUUCUUCAUCUAAACUCAAAGCAGUUCGUAUCAUUAAUCAAUAAAAAAAAACACACCCACAUUUCAUAACUCCUGUUCUGAGUUCUGGUGCUGUGUUUUCAUGAUAUUUUAUUUCAGAAUUUCAGAAUUUCCAAAACAAUGGGGAUUACAAUUAAUUUCAGAAAGAGCCCAAUGGUAAUAUUUCUUGCUAAUCUUUACUUGCUAUCUUACUAUCUAUUUCUAGUUUGUUAUGCAGCUAAUACAAUCGGAAAAGGAGAAUCAAUUAGAGAUGGACAAACCCUAAUCUCAAGAGAUCAAAAUUUUGAAUUGGGUUUUUUUAGUCCAUCACAUUCAACUAAACGUUAUGUUGGGAUUUGGUAUUAUAAAAUCACAGAAAAAAGUACUGUUGUUUGGGUAGCUAAUAGAGAUAAUCCAGUAUUAGAUAAAUCUGGUGUGCUUACACUAACAAAUGAUGGUGAUUUGAUGGUCUUGAAUGGGGCUGGAAAAUCAGUCUGGUCUACAAAUACUACAAUUGCAUCAAGAAAUGGUGCCCUAAUUUUAUUAGAUUCUGGAAAUCUAGUUUUGGAAAAAAAUGAAGCUGAAUUUGAUCCUAGUAAAGCUUUGUGGCAGAGUUUUGAUUUUCCCACCGAUACAUUUUUACCUGGUAUGAAAAUUGGGGUUUCCAAAACUGGGUUAAAAAAACAAAUAUAUACUUCCUGGAAAUCUAAGAAUGAUCCUUCAACUGGGAAUUUCAGUUCAGGUAUUGAUUCUUGGAGAUCGCCGCAAAUUGUGAUUUGGGAAGGUUCUAAGCGUCUUUGGAGAAGUGGGAUAUGGAAUCAACAGAUAUUUACUGGUGUUCCGUCCAUGAGAGCUCAGUAUUUGUAUGGGUUCAGGUUAAUUCCUAGUGAUGAAGGGGAUAUUUAUUUUACUUACUCUUUGCCGGAUGCUUCUGUAUAUAUGAGGUUUCAAAUUCAAUCGGAUGGUACAAUGGAAGAAUUGCGUUGGAGCAACGACAAGAAAGAGUGGACUGUUUAUUGGUCACAGUCGAUUGCUGGAUGUGAUCUUUUUAGUAAAUGCGGUGCUUAUGGGAGUUGUACUAUGUUGGAUUCAGUGAAUUGCAAUUGUUUAGAUGGGUUUGUACCGAAAUCAGAUGGUGAUUGGAAAAAAGGAAAUUGGUCAAGUGGUUGUCAGAGAAAAAAUGAUUUACAGUGUGAGAAAAACGGUGGGCAAGUGGGAGGAGAUGGGUUCUUGGAAUUGGAUGAGGUCAAGUUACCAGAUUUAGCUCAAAUAAAGAGUCAAUUUAAUAACAAGGAUGAUUGUGAAAACGAAUGCUUGAACAAUUGUUCGUGUAAAGCAUAUGCUUCAGUUAGUGGGAUAGGAUGUUUGACAUGGGAUCAAGAUUUGUCUGACAUUCAGAAGUUUCAAGCUGGUGGAAGUCAGCUCUAUAUUCGCCUCAACAAAUCCGAUAUAGUAGAUGGUAAAAGCAACAAAAGAAAACUCGCAAUCCUGAUAAGCGUAAUACUCGGUGUAGUAUGCUUAAGCAUCUUUGCUUACUUACUGUGGAGAAACAAAAACAAACCAAAAGAUCCAUGUAAAAGGAAAAGAAAAGAAACGGGAAGUUCUGAUCAGUUAAGUAAGAGUAAAGAAAUGUUGAGAGACUUCUCAGGGGAAGACGUAGGUGAAGGCGAAGAAAAUGGACCCGAGUUACCUCUGUUCAGCUUCAAUACUAUUGAAACUGCUACAAACAACUUUUCUGUUUCAAAUAAACUUGGCCAUGGAGGUUUUGGUGAUGUUUACAAGGGAACCAUGCCUUGUGGAGCAAUAGUAGCUGUUAAGAGACUUUCAAGGAAGUCAGGACAGGGAUUAGAAGAGUUCAAAACCGAGAUUAUCUUAAUUGCCAAACUACAGCACAGAAAUCUGGUAAGGAUUUUGGGCUGUUGCAUUGAAGAGGAAGAAAAGAUGUUGGUCUAUGAAUACAUGCCUAACAAAAGCUUGGACGCCUUCAUUUUCGAUCCAACAAAACAAGUGUUAUUAGAUUGGGGGAAACGUUUCAAUAUAAUUGAAGGAAUCGCCCGAGGGCUUCUUUACCUGCACAGGGAUUCGAGGUUAAGAAUAAUUCAUAGAGAUUUGAAAGCUAGCAACAUUUUAUUGGAUGAUGAAAUGAACCCGAAAAUUUCAGAUUUUGGAAUGGCGAAGAUCUUCGGAGGGAAUCAAAAUCAAGCAAAUACAACCAGGGUAGUUGGAACAUAUGGCUAUAUGUCUCCUGAGUAUGCAAUGGAAGGGCUAUUCUCCAUAAAAUCUGACGUUUAUAGCUUUGGAGUACUACUUCUUGAGAUAGUCAGUGGCAAGAAGAACUCGUAUUUUCGUCAUACUGAUAAACACCCAAACCUUCUUGUACUUGCAUGGAAUCUAUGGAAUGAAGGGAAAGUAAUGGAAUUCGCAGAUCCAUCUAUAAGCAAUUCAUAUACUUUAUCAGAGGUGUCUAGGUGCAUGCACGUAGGAAUUUUAUGUGUACAAGAUUCUGCUAUCGAUAGACCUGACAUGGCUGCUGUUGUUCGAAUGUUAGAAAGUGAAACUGCACUUCGUCCUGCACCAAGACCACCUACAUUUACUAUUGGAAGAAGACCCUCGGAAAUGGAUUUAUCCAUGGAGGAACAUGAAAUAGUAUCCACAAAUGAUGUAACAGUUACUGUCAUUUUAGGAAGAUGAUUAUUUUUGUUGAUAUACAAGAUUUUGGCAAAUCAGUUUUAGGCCAUCUCAUAGGGUUGUAUUAUAACAUAUAGAUAAUUUGUAUAGCUUCCUUCUUUUUUUCCUCU